CUUGGCAUGCGAGCACCCACAUCACACAUCUGACACCUCGGCCGACGCUCCCCACUGUCAUUCGAUUCCUCCCCCGAUCCCGUCGCGGCAUCGCAUCAUCACGGCCUGACGCGACGACGCCCCUCCUCCUCCUCGCCUGCGCUCUCCCCGCCUCGCGCUCGUAGCGGAGACCAGCAACGACCUAGCCCUAGCUAGCAUCGCCGCCCGCUCUCCCCGCUCGCCGGCGACGGGAUGAUCCCGUUUAGCCCCGCGGUCGCCGCGGAGGUGCGCGCCCUGAUCCAGGGCGCUGACGGCUCCACCUUCGAUUCCAUCUACCGCGAGCUCUGCCAGCUAGCGGAUUGCAGUCCUGACGGAUGCGUUUUGUUGCUUCAAGUUUGUGUGGAUGAAGUGCAGCUGAAUGUUGGCGGGGCAAGGAACUCGCAAUUGAAACGAGAUCUUCUUUCCGUCAUCUUCCGAUAUUGUGUGGAUAAACCGUACUUCAGCACCAGUUUCUGUGAAGCACUGAGGACAAUACCUGUCAGUGAUGGGCUCCUUGAAACUCUGUCCAAUGAACUUGAAUUAUCAGCAGCUGAUAGGGUUGGAAUUGGACUUGCUCUGUCAGAUUCUGAAGAUCUAGACUUGAAUGCGAAAGGGAAAUCCUUUUCAAAUGCUCAAAUUGAGGAAUUAUGCUCAAAUCAUACUCAUUCUGUAUCAAAUGACCGAAUUCAGGAGAUUGUCAUGUUUCUUCACCAGACUGACGACCUCUCAAAGCAUAUGGAUUCUUUUACUAACAUUAUGUCCCUGUUAAAUGUCAAAGAGAGGCCAUUCUAUGUUCCUGUCCCACUUCAGGAAGUCAAUGCCUAUCCAGCAAAUUCUUCGAGACAUACGGAGCUGUGCAUUGGUAGCUUAGAUGAUGAUUUUGAUUCCCUUUUAUCUGAAAUUGGGAAACAAAUAAGCACGGCCAACAUCAUCACUGAACUGGGAUAUGGAUGUGCUUCUGACAUUGCUCAUUGUAAAGAAAUACUAUCACGUUUUGAGCCUCUUGAUGAUAUGGGAAUCUCUAAGUUACUUGGGGCAGUUAUCUCCACUCGUACGAGUCUUGGCGAGGCUCACAAUACAUAUUCAACAUUCCUUUCAGCUUUUGGGAAUAACCAAACAGUUGACUCAUCUCAGUUGACUGCAUGGAAUAUAGAUGUUCUUGUAGUUUCAAUCAAUGAAAUUGCCCCUCGAACUAAUUGGACACAUGUAAUAGAAAAUCUUGAUCACGAGGGUUUCAAUAUCCCUGAUGAAGCAGCUUUUUGUUUAUUGAUGUCUGUAUAUUCUCGAGCUUGCAAGGAUCCAUUUCCACUUCAUGCCAUCUGUGGGUCCUUGUGGAAGAAUACAGAAGGACAAUUGUCAUUCUUGAAACAUGCGGUGGCUUCGCCCUCUGAUACAUUUUCAUUCGCACAUUGUACCAGAAAGAUGGCUUUUCCAGACUUGGGAAAUCUAGCCCAAGGCAAUCAGGCUUGGUACUGCCUAGACCUUCUUGAGGUGUUAUGCCAGCUUGCUGAACUUGGCUAUGCAAAACCAGUGCGGUCGAUGCUUGACUAUCCUCUGAUUCAUUGCCCUGAAGUAUUACUUCUUGGUGUUAGCCACAUCAAUACUGCAUAUAAUCUCCUGCAACAUGAGGUAUUGUCUUGUGUUUUUCCUGCUAUGCUGAAGGAUGACACUCUGCACAGCAGUCUUAUGAACUAUCUUUGGCAUGUCAACCCUUGCCUUACUCUUCGAGGAUUUGUUGAUGCUCAUUCUGACAUAAGUUGUCUUCUGAGAACUGUUGAGAUAUGUGAAGAUCUAAAGAUCUUGUCUCCCAUCCUUGAUUCCACCGCAUUCGCGUUUAGCGUUAGACUUGCUACAGUUGCCUUUAGGAAAGAUCAUAGCAAUCUCGAGAAAUGGCUGACUGAAAAGUUGAGUGCACAAAGAGAGAUUUUUUUUGAGGAAUGUGUUAAACUCUUGAAAGAAAUUAUGAUCAACACAAAUAAUGACGCUGCGGAAGGUGUCAUUGAACAUCCUCGAGUUACUAUUACGAAUAUCUGCCAGGACUCUUGUCCUGUAUUUAUAAAGGUUCUCCAUUCUCACUCAGGGAAGCUGUUGUCUAACCAACUAGUGGAUGAACUAAGGAGAGUUGAAGCAUGGUAUGAAUCAAGGAAUCAUGGUGCUGUGGGAAGGGACAUGCCUACUUCUGAUGGUGGUUCUGAAGACAUUGAAGCUCAGGCAAAUAUUUAUUUUCAACAGAUGUUUGCUGGACAGAUAAGCAUUGAUGCUAUGAUACAAAUGCUUUCACGCUUCAAGGAAUCUAAAGACAAGAGGGAGCUGUCAAUUUUCAGUUGCAUGAUCUCAAAUCUGUUUGAGGAAUACAAGUUCUUCCCAAAGUAUCCUGAUACACAACUUAAAUUAGCUGCUGUCCUUUUUGGCUCUGUCAUUAAACAUCAACUUGUGGCCCAUCUGGCACUUGGAAUUGCUCUAAGGGGUGUUCUUGAUGCCCUGCGUAAAUCUAUUGAUUCAAAGAUGUUUAUGUUCGGUACAACAGCGCUGGAGCAGUUUAUGGAUCGCGUAAUUGAGUGGCCACAGUACUGCAACCAUAUACUGCAGAUUUCACAUCUUCGUGGAACACAUGCUGAAUUAGUUUCUGCAAUUGAGCAAGCACUUGCUAAGAUAUCAUUGAGUCAAAAUGAGCCAAAUCUGAGCCCCAUGCUUCCUGUGGAUCAGCGUGGUUCUGGUUCACAAUCUAUUGAAAACAUAGAGGCUCCUGAGGCAUCAUGGCAGUUCAUAAAUUCAACUCCAACACAACUAGACAGGACAAUUUCUUCCUUUGCACCGCAACAGAAGCACCAGGGUUAUCUUGGGGAGAGGUCCAAGGGCUCUACUAACAUCACUCAAGCCAAAACCAUUAUGCCUAUUGGUCAACCACCUCUCGCUUCAACAUCUAGUGAUUUAGGUGUUAUUCCAAAGGCUGCUGUGUCACUAUCCUCUCAAGCUUCUCCCCAUCACUCUAGCACCGUGUCAGCUCCUUCACAACCUUCUGGUUUUCUACGAUCUAGAAGUUCAGCUCCAUCAGGCAUUCUUCGACAAUCUUCCUACACUACAGGAUUUGGAGCUGCUUUAAAUAUUGAGACUCUUGUUGCUGCAGCAGAACGAAGAGAUACACCGAUUGAGGCCCCUCCAUCUGAAGUUCAAGACAAAAUUUUCUUCAUGAUCAAUAAUAUUUCCACCUCUAAUAUGGAGGCUAAGGCAAAAGAAUUUAAUGAGGUUUUGCUGGAGCAAUAUUAUCCUUGGUUUGCGCAAUAUAUGGUCAUGAAAAGGGCAAGCAUUGAGCCAAAUUUUCAUGACUUGUAUUUGAAGUUUUUUGACAAGGUUGACUCAAAAUCCUUGAAUAAGGAAAUAAUGAAAGCUACAUAUGAGAACUGCAAGGCCCUAUUACGAUCAGAUCUUAUCAAAUCGAGUUCUGAAGAGCGUUCGUUGCUAAAAAAUCUUGGUAGCUGGCUUGGAAAAUUCACUAUAGGUAGGAACCAAACAUUACGAGCAAAGGAAAUUGACCCGAAGGUUCUAAUAGUGGAGGCUUAUGAAAGGGGGUUGAUGAUUGCGGUCAUUCCAUUUACUUCAAAGAUUCUUGAACCUUGCCAUUCAAGUAUAGCAUAUCGUCCCCCAAAUCCCUGGACAAUGGGUAUUCUUAGUCUACUUGUUGAGAUCUAUAAUCUACCAAAUCUCAAGAUGAACCUGAAAUUCGACAUUGAGGUCUUGUUUAAGAAUCUUAGUGUGGACAUGAAAGAUGUAAAACCAUCUUCUCUUCUUAAAGAUCGGAUUCGCCAAUUUAUGGGGAAUCCAGAUUUUUCAAAUAAAGAUGUUAGUGCGCCUGCAGCACCAGCAGUUGCAGAGGUCUCCUCUGGUAUCAUUCCUUCAAUGAACCAUGUGGAGCUGCAACCUGAGAUUAAUAGCACUUCCCGUGCUACAAGCCUUCCAAAUAUGCUAAACCAGUAUGCAGCACCUAUUCGUCUACCUCCAAACAGCAUGGUAGAAGAUGAUAAGGUUGCUUUAAUCAUGCCUGAACAGGUUACCUCUCACAGCUUGACCCAGGUUGCACCACCUCAAACACCAUCGCCGUCCCCGUUUUCUCUGAGUCAGCUAAUGACGGCCAUUCCACGUGCUGAUAUAUACUUCAGAAUCAAUGAAAAACUUAACUCUCUUGGCCCACAAUUGCAGUAUAGCAAAAUCAUGGACGUGGCUUUGGAUAAGGCUAUUAAGGAGAUUAUAGGUCCUGUCAUCCAAAGAAGUGUAACAAUAGCUAGCCGAACCACCAAGGAACUUAUUUUAAAGGAUUAUGCGAUGGAAUCUGAUGAUGGUGCCAUAUCUCGCUCUGCACAUUUGAUGGUCGGUACAUUAGCUGGAAGUUUAGCCCAUGUUACUUCCAAGGAGCCUCUUCGCGUUGCUUUGUUAUCUCAUCUUCGAAGUCUCGUUCAAAACCUGAUUAGUAACAGUGAAACCACUGAUCAAAUCAUUCUCAUUCUAAUUAAUGAUAAUCUGGACCUUGGAUGUGCUCUAAUAGAGACUGUAGCAACACGCAAGGCUGUUGAGAUGAUUGAUGGAGACAUCAAGCAGCCUUUUUCACAACUCAGGAGACAAAAAGAGCUACAUGGCUCUGCAUAUUAUGAUGUGUUUCCUUACACUCAAGGUCUUACGCGUGUCCCUGAUGUGCUUCGUCCUAAGCUUUCUGGUAAUUUGUCUGCUGCCCAACGACGAGUAUAUGAGGACUUCAUCACUGUAUGGCAUAGCCAGAGUAGUCAAAAUGCUGGUGCAACAACUUCUGCUACAACCGUGGCCGUUGCCCCAACUGAUUCCAGUAUUGCUCCAGCUCAUGGUCCAAUCUUAGCACCAUCAGCCACCACUAGUUUUUCAACUCUCCAAUUUGCCCCGUUCACAUCUGCUAGUCAAUCAAAAGAACUAAUGCCUGACAAAACAGAUCCUGGUACUACACAACUUUCAAGUGUUUCUGCUCAAGUUAGCACAAUUGACACUCCUGGCCAAGUUUGUGGAACCACAAAUCUUGCAGCUGUAUUUCCUCCUAUGGCACCUGGUGACCUUCUAGUGUGUGAACUAGCAACUACGACUAAAGAUAUAGGUGCUGCCGUACCACCUUCGCCUACAGUUUCUAUUAAUCGUCCAGGAUCUGCUUUUCCUGAACCCUUGAACACUGGUGAUGCAUUGGACAGAUAUCAGCAAGUUUCGCAGAAGCUGGAAGCCUUGAUUGCUAAUAAUGGCAAAGAUGUGGAAAUUCAGUCUGUUAUCGCGGAAGUUCCUGAUAUCUUGCUCAGAUGUGUUAGUCGGGAUGAAGCUGCGUUAGCGGUUGCACAGAAGGUUUUCAGAAGUUUGUAUGAAAAUUCGUCAAAGAGUAAUUUUGUCACAUGGCUUCUAGCAACCCUGGUUGCAGUACGUGAUGUUUGCAAACUUGUCGUUAAAGAGUUAACAAGCUGGGUAAUAUAUUCCGAUGAAGAGAAAAAGUUUAACAUCGACAUAAUUGUUGGACUUAUUCGUUCUGACCUUCUUAAUCUUGGAGAGUAUAACGUUCAUUUGGCAAAGCUUAUUGAUGGUGGAAGAAAUAAGACUGCAACGGAAUUUUCUAUAUCACUUAUCCAGACAUUGGUUACCCAAGAAUCCAGUGGUGUCUCCGAGCUUUUUAAUGUCAUCGAUGCCUUAUCGAAGCUUGCAAUCAGGCCCGGGUCACCUGAUUCAUUGCAGCACUUGAUCCAGAUUGCAAGGAGUCAUUUCAACAACAGUGCUAGCUAUGCCGCUUUGAAGGAUGAAAAGGUUAGACAAUCAAGGGAUAAAAAGGUUCUAUCUGGUCGUCCUUUGAUGAAUAACGAAAGCAAUAAUGCUGAUGACAUUGCUUUGUCUAAUGCUGUUGAUUUUCAAGACAAGGUUGCUCUCUUGUUUUCUGAUUGGUGCCAAAUAUGUGAUCAUCCAGCUAUGGGUGAUUCAGUGUACAGUCAUUACAUUUUGCAGUUGCAACAGAAUGGCUUGCUGAAGGGAGAUGAUUUGAUGGACCGGUUUUUCUUUAAUCUCACGGAACUUGCUAUCACACACUCUGUAGUUACUGAGCAAGCUAUUGCUCCUGGUGGAAUGCCUCAGCAGUCAUCCCAGCAACUCCAGAUUUCAUAUUUUUCAAUUGAUUCAUAUUCAAAGCUUGUGGCUUUAGUGAUCAAGUACUCGGCGGAUUUAGGGCCAAAUAAAGGCAGUCUUCUUCCUAAGAUUAUCUCUGUAACAGCUAGGAUCAUUCAGAAAGAUGCUGAAGAAAAGAAAGCUUCUUUUAAUCCUCGGCCGUAUUUUCGUUUGUUUAUAAAUUGGCUAAGUGAGCUUACUACUUCUGACCUUCACCAUGACAGCGCUAAUUUUCAGGUUUUGACUGCAUUUGCAAAUGCAUUUCAUGUUUUGCAACCCUUGAGAGUUCCUGCUUGGAGUUUUGCUUGGCUUGACUUGGUGAGCCACAGAUGCUUCAUGCCAAAGUUAUUGAUGUGCAAUUCGCAAAAAGGCUGGCCAUUUUUUCAGAGGUUGCUUGUUGAUUUGUUCAAAUUCAUGGAACCAUACUUAAGAAAUGCUGAACUGGGACAACCUAUUCUCCUUUUGUACAAAGGAACCUUGAGAGUGCUACUUGUGCUACUGCAUGACUUCCCUGAAUUUCUUUGUGACUAUCACUUCAGUCUCUGUGAUGUGAUUCCCCCAAGCUGCAUUCAAAUGCGUAAUGUUAUUCUUAGUGCUUUUCCACGCAAUAUGAGACUUCCAGAUCCUUCCACUCCCAACUUAAAGAUUGAUCUGCUAGCUGAGAUUUCAAUAGCUCCACGAAUCAUUACUGAUGUGGAUGGUGCUUUGAAGGCAAACCAAAUGAAGACUCAGGUUGAUGAAUACCUCAAGAGACCAGAAGGCUCCCUCUUUUUAACUGAUCUAAAGCAGAAGUUAUUGCUACCUCAAAACGAAGCGAAUGUUGCUGGGACUCGUUACAAUGUUCCUCUUGUUAAUUCACUUGUUCUUUAUGUUGGCAUACAGGCUGUGCAACAAUUGCAGCAUAACAAGGUGAAUGCAUCAGCAUCAGCACAAAUUAAUCAAAGUUCUCAAAUGGAUAUUUUCCAGAUUGAAACAGCUACUGAGAUAUUCAGAAAUCUUAUAAUGACUUUGGACACAGAAGGUCGCUACCUUCUCCUCAAUGCAAUUGCUAACCAGCUGCGCUAUCCAAACAGCCAUACCCACUACUUUUCCUUCAUCAUUCUGUACUUGUUUGCCGAGGCAACCCAGGAAAUUAUCCAGGAGCAGAUAACAAGGGUUCUUUUAGAAAGACUAAUUGUUAACCGUCCACAUCCUUGGGGAUUACUCAUUACUUUCAUUGAGCUGAUAAAGAACCCACGCUAUAGCUUCUGGGGUCGAUCCUUUACACGCUGUGCACCUGAGAUAGAGAAGCUGUUUGAGUCAGUUGCAAGGUCCUGUGGAGGGAAAGCUGCGGACGAUGGAAUCGGUCUCCCAGAUGGAGGCCACUAGGGAAAUGCUUCAGUUGUUUGUGCAUCUAUUAGUACCAUCGACUAAAAAAAAUACCAUCGACUAGAAAGUUCGCGGUUCCGAACACAUCAGCUGUAAUUUUGCUGUUGCAAUUUUAGGAUAUUGUAUGAAACACCCCGGACUGUGAUUGGUACGGUUCUCUGAACUAUGAUUGUUGUUAUAUGAAUCACCCUCUUGAGUA